GGAGGGAGAUCGCGCAGGUUGCUGUGGCCGGCAAGAGUUGGAAGGGAUUCCCCCCGUACCCCCCUUUCUUUUUUUCCUCCUUCUCUUCCUCCUCCUCCUCCUCCUCGUUGCACAUCUGAGGGCGGCAGCGGGGCUGGCUCCCCUCUCCCGGAGGUCGCCUUUGUUUUCCCGGUGUCGCUUCUCCCGAGCAGCCGAGGGGGCGGGAGGGGGCCGGGGCCGGGCUGGGCUGUGCCCGGCUGGGCUGGACCGCCUGCCCUUUCUCCUCCUCGCCCGCCGGAGCUCGCCGAGUUGCUGCCGCUCCCCCGGGCGGCGUUUUCCCCCCGCCCCGGGGCUGAGCAGCCGCCGCCCCCCGGGACCCCCAUGGCACCGCCGCGAUGUUCGUGUCCCGGCUCCUGGAUUUCCAGAAGACGCGCUACGCCAGGUUCAUGAAUCACCGUGUCCCGUCCAACUGCAGGUACCAACCCACGGAAUAUGAGCACGCAGCCAACUGUGCCACCCACGCUUUCUGGAUCCUGCCCAGCAUCCUCGGCAGCUCCAUCCUCUACAUCCUCUCUGAUGACCAGUGGGAAACCAUCUCAGCCUGGAUCUAUGGCUGUGGCUUGUCCAGCCUCUUCAUUGUCUCCACCAUCUUCCACACCAUCUCCUGGAAGAAGAGGCAUCUCAGGACUGUGGAGCACUGCCUACACAUGUUUGACAGGAUGGUGAUCUACUUCUUCAUCGCCGCGUCCUACGCUCCCUGGUUGAACCUGAGGGAGUUGGGUCCCUGGGCCUCCCACAUGCGCUGGAUCAUCUGGAUCAUGGCAUCCAUCGGGACCGUCUACGUUUUCUUCUUCCACGAGCGGUACAAGCUGGUGGAGCUGGUGUGCUACGUUAUCAUGGGCUUCUUCCCCGCCUUGGUCAUCCUCUCCAUGCCCAACAGGGAUGGCCUCCUGGAGCUGGUGGCCGGUGGGUUCUUCUACUGCCUGGGCAUGGUGUUCUUCAAAAGCGACGGCCGCAUCCCGUUCGCCCACGCCAUCUGGCACCUCUUCGUGGCCAUCGGAGCUGGCAUCCACUACUACGCCAUCUGGAGGUACCUCUACCGGCCCGGAGCUCUGGACACCAAAACCUCCCGGUAGAAGCCUUAAAGACAUUGUUGGUGCCACCUGGCACGUGGGGACACGGAGGGCAGCGGGGACACAGCCUGCACCGUGGGCUCACCCCAAAGUGCCCCCUCACCCCAUGGACAGCAGCCGCUGGUGCCCUUCCCGCACAGACAGGAGAGCCCAGAGGUUGAUUUUAAAUGCUUUUCUUUUUUAACCUCGGGAACUGUUUAUUUUUUUAGGCAAAGGUUUCAGAACACAGUGACUGACUGGGCUGUAGGUGAUAGGGGAGUGACCACUCGCUGGGAGCUUCGCUCACUCACCCGCUCUUGAGCAUCCCACGGGACUGGGAACCUUGGCCCCACAUGCCCCUGGCUAUGACACCCUGGCUUUGGCUACUGGAGUCCUUAGUGUGUGCCACUGAGGGGACUGGAGGAGUCAGGAUGAGGGGAGAGACCCAGUGGUGGAGAGGGAUGUGGUGACAUCCCUGCACCACCCGGACUGGCUCCUAAAUCAUCCCAAGUCCUGUCAGCACUGCCAGCUCCAUCCCAAGUCCUUGAGGGGAUGGUCCAUACUCAGCAAGCCUUACAAGAGAUUGAAACUUGAAUCUCUUCCAGGGCAUCCCAGUCCCUGAGCACUGGGAAACCCUUUCUCUAAGCCAAUAUUAAGUGCACAACUCACUACAUCCCUGGGAUCCCCCCAUGGACAUUUUCUCCCUGGUUUUCCUCUCCAGCCUCGGUGCCAGUGGCAGCCUGGAGCACAGCCCUGCUCCCAGGCCCUGCUGCACGUGUGCCUUCAGCA